GAAAGAGAGUGUUUACAAUCAACCUUGCAGCAAAAUGAACAACACACAUGCUGCACAAUAUAUCUAUACUGCAGUCAAUAACUUUUGUAUGUCAGAUGCAGAGAGAGUAUUAUAAAGGAUAUCCUAAUCGGCACCAUCCAUACAGUUACUUUGAUGAAGGCCAGUACAGAUGGCAAUGUCCCCCUGAAAUGUCUAGUGUGUACUUGAGCUAUCCGCCGUACCAUGUGAAAUAUAAGCAACCCGUGGUGCUACCGCCAACCACUGAACGUACGUCUGACUUCCCUCCAAUGCCAGGCCGCACGUUAGCAGGCCGCUACAACAAAGGAGCGUGCAAGGCUUUUGUUAGAUAA